AUUCAUGAGAUGACGUAAAAACAUUUUUUGUUUAUUUUAGGAAAAGUUCAGCCCAGCAUUCGUGGAAGACGACCUAACCAGUGAUGAGUGUAACUAAUGAGCAACAAAUGACUGUAAAAUGUCGUGUUAUAUCAGUGACAUUUUCUCUUAUCCCUUUCAUUACGAAACCGCGCUCUUGGAAAGAUGAGGCGGACGGGAUAUAACAACUGUGUGCCUAUUAUCAAAACGUUAAACUGCAAUUCAAGAUAUAAGCCUUUGAUAUCAUGGAAAUCGACAGCACAAACUGCCUCAUUUCCUUGUUGUUGCUUAGUUUGGUUACCUGUGGUGCUUUCGAUAAUGUUCUCAACAGAUCAAAUGAGAGCCCACAUAACGAACAGACUGUGACUGCAAUUCCAAGACUAGUGAAUGAUUCUGGACUGACAGAACGCCCUAACUCGGGUCAUGAGUGUCCAAAGACAAGCGCUCAGCUAAGAAAGAGCAAAUUUACCAGAAGAAACUGCACUGAAGUUCCAGAGGAAAAAACCCCACUCACUGACUACAUCCAAGAGCAUGUCCUGCAGAUAGAUGGCGAUGCUUAUCUGGACAUCGGCGCCUACAACGAAUCGUCCAUGGAAAUACCAGAAAGACUGCCCAGCUAUGUGGGCAAUAUCUAUGGCAUUACGGUAGUGGAUGGGAGCAAGUGCAUGCUGCAGUUCCUUAGUAUGGCUAAGGGAUUUGUGCUAAGCGAAAAUAUUACCAGGUGCAACUCUCUCAAGAAUGUGACGCUUGCAGGUAAUGGAUGGGAUUGCAGAAUUGACUGGACAUGGCUGGAAGCCCUGAAGAGUGACUGGAAUAUUGAUUAUUCCAUGGCACUAUGCAGUGAUGUCAAAUCUUUUUCCGAAAAUGGCUCGGUGUUCUUAAACUUUGCGGAUGGCACACAAACUUGGACGAAUUCUGAAUUGGGAGUUUGUCCCAGGCGUUGCCGCUGUGUUCUGCUCACGAAUGCAGAAUGGCAGUUUAAAAACCUCAAAGUUAACUGCAACAAAUUAAAUCUCACAGAUGAAGAUAUUUUAGCUAUGUCAAUACCGAGUAAGACGACCAUUCUUUCACUGGAUGAAAAUAAGCUAAGAUCUACAGAAAAGCUCUUCAAGCACAUAAGCCAUCUUCAGUCUGUCACAGGAAUCCUUCUGAAUUAUAAUAAGCUUGAUGAGCUGCCGUAUCUACCGACAACAACAUUUCCGAAGUUGGAUCGGCUCGAUCUAUUCAACAACACGAUACGCAAGAUCAACCUAGAGGCCUUCGAAAGCAUAGUCAGCAGGGACAUUUGGGUGAACUUGCACGAGAACGAAUUCUUGUGUGACUGCAACACUCAUUUUUUCAUGAAGUUACUUCUUAAGUAUCCCGGAAGAGUGAAAGAUUACAUCUCUAAACCCUUUCGAUGCACAUCAAAGCCAGAUAACUUGACGCUCCUAAUAACCCUUCGUACGAAGGAAUGUGAGCCCCCACCUACAGAGUUCAACGCACUACCCCUUGUGAUUGCUUUGCUGGUAUUGCUGAACGCCGCGUUUAUUUACUUCGUCUGGGACCUACACAGAGCCAUAAAGGAAUGCAAGAACACCGGGAACGUCAAGAACCCAGUCGUUCACAUCCUUGUGAAAAGAGUCGGGAGAUUCUUUUCGGCAGUCCUUCAGAAGGACGUCAAGCCUCCGGAGACGGAAACGAGCCCCUUCCCAGAUGACCUCCAUGACGAAAUGAUUCGGAGGAACCACAGAACGUCAUCCCAUGAUAGGAAGUCCUUUUUCAGGAGGCCUGAAAGCAGAAUGACGCCUGGGCCAACAUAGGUUGUUGAACGAGGAAUGAGUUUAUUUCGAAGAAUGUUGUAAAACAUAACUAAAACCAUGUGAUACUGUUGGAGUAACCUUAUUUACAGCAGUUUCAUUGCUUCCAAUCAUUAUGGUAAACAUGAAAGUUAAAAAGUAAGAUUGACUGAUUGAGUGACUGAUUUUAUAAACAAGCAUCGCAACGUCUACGGUCAUCGAAGUUGAAGUUGGAGUUGAAGAGAAGGGACUAUUGCUCGCAUAUGAGAAUAUCGAUCGGUACGUUCAAAAGGCAGAAAUGCAAACGUAGGCCUCUUUAUUAAAGAGAACGAUAUGACAUUUGUAUGUGUUAGAUUAAGCCUAACCAAACUCCUUGACUGAAUGGAGUUUUAAAAAAGUGCAGUACCAGUAAUUCUCUGUGCUAAAAACUGCAACGAAACAGUCACAGAUGAGUGUGUGUACUACUUCCUUUUGGACAUGAAAUCUACCGUCAACUGUAUGCAAAGAGCCAAAGAAUAAAAUCCAAUUCUGAAUCGAAACAGGCAUAUCUGAAGAAGUAUUGCUUACACUGAAUUCGAUCAAUCAACUGCGUGUAAUUUCAGUGUUACAAAAGUGCUACUCUGGCUUGUUAUAUACGCGUCUCCUACUCCGAGGUCCUAGUACUAAACAUGGCGGAAGCUCUUUAGGAUGCCGUGUUUAGUACUAACCCCUCGAGGAUCAAAGUGUUACAUACACCCAUUUCUACACUGUGUGGUCGACAAAUUAUUACAUUAAUAAACAAUACCUUCAUACGGCCAUCUACUUGACAUUUACCAUAUGGUGUCUAUGCUAGCACCUCGGAAUAGGUGACGCGUAGAGUAGCACCGAUGACCAAAUUUAGACUAUAGACAACGAAGGCGAUGACUACCCGCGUCCUGUAUUUCAGGGGAUGAUGACGGUAGGACAGCGGGAUUGUAUAUUCAAUUAUGAAACGUAAUCUGAGCCGUCCGCAGGAUUUUCAAUAGGAAGGAGUUUAUUGUUUUAUAAUGUAGUUUGUUCAAUUUAAUCAAAAUGAGUAACACAGUACGUUAAACUAAGCAGGCAUUUAAUGAACAAUAUGCUGUCUGUUAUUCAUCAUUUUCAAUAACCUUAUAUUUAUUCCCGUCUAUUACAUACAUUCUGGAACCCUUAAAAUUUUUCUAUUUCGGAACACUGCCAACAGGCUUUUCAUUUCUUUUACUUCUUAUGCAUGUCUUGCAAUUAUUAAUUUCUUUUUAUUCCCCCCAAAAGAGCACUAACUCACUCCCGUGGGCACUGCCUGAACAGCUAACAGUAUAAAAGUUGUAACGAGAAGCUGUCUUCACUGAUCUCCAAAAGACCACUGGCUCUCUAUUCAAAUCACGAUUACGUGUAAAAUAAUCAGGUGGGUCCUGAGUAUACAAUACAUUACUGAAAAAUGACAUUUACGAGACGACCUCUCGCGCUAAAACAGUAAAUUUGAGGGUGUAUAAACGGUUGACUAUUUCGAUAGCGCUUGAAACAUACCACAAUUAGGCAAAGCGCCUCAGUGGCCUGAUCGGUAUGAUCUUAGCCUGCCACCUCGGUGGCCACGAGUUCGAUUCUCGGGCAUUCCACUGAGGUGUGAGAGAUGUGUAUUUCUGGUGAUAGAAGUUCACUCUCCACGUGGUUCGGAAGUCACGUAAAGGCGUUGGUCACGUUGCUGAAUAACCACUGGUUUCAUGCAACGUUAAAACACCAUAUAAACAAACAAUUAGGCAAACUUGUAUUACGAAUUACAAUUACAAAUUUGUUCCAUUUUCUGACACCUUGCCUAUACUGCUGUAUCUAUCCUGUCUACUUUUUGUUUCCAGCUUCCAUGCGGGUUUCUGUUUCCAGUCACUGGAGUGUCUUUGAUUCCAUACCAAACAUCUCGUUUGUAAAAAAAAAAAAAAAAAAAAAAAAUAAGUCACUCAUUAUUUAAUGGAUGUAAAUUAUGCGUUCCCUUUUCUCUUUCCUUAUACUUGCUGUGCUCUUCAACUUUCUUGAAAAGUAAGCACGCCACUUAUCUUGAAAAGUAAUCGCGUUGCUUAUGAAAGUGUGAAGUCAAACAUAUUACAAGGAAAUAUUUAUAAAGAAACGCUCGGGCGGCGUCGUCGAUGAAAAUGAUGACUCCAACCCAUGAUACUACUUGAGUGGCUGAAGCAUAUUCAGACUACUGCGUUUCUGACAAAAGUUAACGUGAAAAAUUGUCUUAUUGAGUUUGUUUAUCUUAUAAUGCCUGAAUAGGCUGUUUAACAACAGCCCCUUUCCUAGUUAGUACUAUCCGUACACAGGGCUAAAAUGAUAUUGUUUAAUUUAAAGAAAAAUACAUAUGUAUAAACAGUAACGAAGUCUAGACUGUUUCUCAUAUACCACUCGUUCGGUGCGCUCUCUCUCUCUCUCUCUCUCUCUCUCUCUCUCUCUCUCUCUCUCUCUCUCUCUCUCUCUCUCUCUCUCUCUCUCUCUUCUAAAUAUAUAUUAUAACAAGUUAAGGAAGAAACAAACCAAAAUGAAAAGACUAUAAACAGUAAAUUGAAAGUUCUUUGUAUGAUUUCAUUUUUAGAAAUGAAUAAGAUAUAAAUUCAAACGUU